AUGAUCCCAACCAUCGAUCUGAAAGGAGGAGUGUACUACAAGCAUCAAGAUUCAGUCACGCGGAGAAGCGUGGUGGAGAAGAUAGGAGAUGCAGCGGAGAAAUGGGGUUUCUUCCAGGUGGUAAACCACGGGAUCCCGCUCGACGUACUGGAGAAGGUGAUAGAAGGGGUUGGGGGGUUUCACGAGCAGGAUGCUGAAUUAAAGAAACGGUUCUACUCUCGCGACCACAAUAGAAAAAUGGUUUACUACAGUAAUUUUGAUCUCUACACAGCUCAGGCGGCGAGUUGGAGAGAUACCAUGUGUGCCUAUAUGGCCCCGGAUCCUCCCACAUUAGAGGACUUACCUCCACUUUGUGGACUUCCUAAAGAAGAUGAAGGAAACCCAUUUGGAUUUAAAUGUUUUAAAAAAAUACAUGACUACCAAUAUUGGGUUGAUAUCCCUCCCGUCCCUGGAGCUCUUGUCGUCAACGUUGGAGAUCUUCUCCAGCUUAUAAGCAAUGACAAAUUCACAAGUGUGGAGCACAGGGUGAUAGCAAAUAGAGCAGCUGAACCGCGGAUUUCAGUGCCAUGUUUCUUCAGCACUGUCAUGAAGGCAAAUCCUCGAGUAUAUGGACCCAUCAAAGAACUAACGUCAGAACAAAACCCUCCCAAGUAUAGGGACACCACUAUUGCCGAGUUCUCGAGCAUGUACGGGUCUAAAGAGCUCAAUACAUCUGCGUUACACCAUUUCAAGAUCUGACCACA